GCGCUCUGUGCACAUCAUUUAGUAACGAAUCUUGAACCCAAACACAACGAAUAAUCGCGCGCGCACGCGUCGUUUGAAUCAACCAAUCAAAUACAACAACCAACAACAGAAAUGUUUCAGAAAAGGAUUAUUGAACUGUUUACAUUGUUAUUUUAUUGGAUGGUCAUAACGCCAGCGAUCUAUCAAUAUUGUAAAACACAAAAUUGGAUACGAUGGGAUCUGAAUAUACCAUUCCAAUCAUUUUCGGAUCAUGCUACAUUCGCCCUCUGCCUGCUCGCUGGCUAUGUGACCUUUUAUCGCAUUGUCAUCUUCAUCUACAUGAAGCUGAAAGUUUGCGAUGUGAAAAUGUGGCAUCAACUGAAGAAGACACAGGAGGAUCCCGAAUCGCAGUUGAAUGACAAAUCACACUAUCAAGCCGUAUCUACAGAAAACUUGGAUACUGUCGAUGGAACCACAACUGACAAGAUGACGCCAAAAGUGAUACGCACCAUUAGCCAUCCGCUGUUGGUCGAAAGCGAUCUGGCCCGCAUCCACAUUAAGCAUGAGACGCGUCCAUUGCGCAGUGCGACAUUGCCGCGGGAGCAACAACAACAUUUUGGCAAAAAUCAAAUCUCUAGUCCAACGCCCAGUCUACGCUCCGCUCCGCCCGUGCCCGCAACGCCUCCUCGCACUCCGGGCCUGGCCCGCAAGCUUAGCCAUGGUGUCAUCAUGUCUCCAGACGUCUUAAUGGGCACACAUCACAACAUCGCGCACCACUCACAGACAGGGUCAGCGUUUAAGACGUGAACCGAAUGGACAAAGCGAUCAAAAUGAAUCAGCUUCCAAGUAUUAGCAUUAGCUGCACACCAAA